AUGUAUAACGCACAAAACAAAAAACUUGUUUCGAAACGCCAUGCUAGACGAAUUAUUGCGAAUAAUAUUGCAAUAGAUAUCGCAGGAUCCUCUGGAUUUGAUUUAAAUGAAAGUAGUGUCAACACGUCUAAUGUGUCUGUUGAUUUAGAUUUACAUGGUGAUAAAAAAGAUGUUGCGGAAGUUAUUUGGAAUGCAUAUGCUACUAAUACAAAUAUUCCAACAUCUUCAGUAUAUGAUAGUAGAUCUCAAGAUAACAAUAUCCAAGUAAACAGUAAUGAGUAUCAUAACUCUAUUAUAAAGAAAAUAAACAAUACUGAUGAUAAUGAUGAUCAUAAUGAUAAUAAUCACUUAAGAAACGCUUUAGCUACAUGGGCUAUAUCGAAUAAUAUUACUCAUAAUGCAUGCAAUGCAUUGUUAAAACUGCAUUGUUAA